UGCUGCCCUAUAAAAGAGACACACACACACACACACACACACACACAUCUGGCAGGAAUCAUCUGCUCCAAUCACUGAAAUCAUUCUAUUCUACAAAGAGAAAAGCAAUGAAGGCCUUCAUUAUGAUGACAUGCUGCUUGCUAGCUCUGUUUCUCCCCGUUCUCGUUGCUGCUGCUCCUGCGUAUGUGCGUCUCCUGCCUCAGGACUGUCAGGAAAUCUACAGGAGUGGUGUUAAUAAUAGUGGCGUGUACACCAUCUACCCUUCAGACACCACCCCUGUAGAGGUGUACUGUGAGAUGGGCUGCGCUGAGGAUUCAUCCCGAGGAUGGACAGUGAUUCAGAGGAGAAUAGACGGCAGUGUGAAUUUCUACAGGCGUUGGAAUCAGUACAGGAAUGGCUUUGGGAAUAAGAGUGGAGAAUACUGGCUGGGUUUGGAGAACCUCUACAUGAUGACCCACAACAAGCUGUAUGAGCUGAAAGUGGACCUGGAGGACUUUGAUGGAUUGACAGCAUCCGCUCUCUACACAACUUUCUCUGUAGGCCCUGAAAUGAACGGCUAUGUGCUCCAAGUUGGUGGCUUUGUAGAAAAAGGAGCAGGUGAUGCGCUGAGUUAUCACAGUGGACAGAGAUUCUCCACUUUCGAUAAUGAACAGAAUCCUUAUGGCUGUGCUAAAUCAUACCUCGGGGGGUUUUGGUACUAUGCUUGCCACUAUGCAAACCCCAAUGGUUUCUAUCUGGGGAGACAGGACAGCACUUAUUUUGCCAUUGGUAAUGUGUGGUAUCAGUGGAGAGGCUAUUAUUAUGGCCUUAAGUCCAUCACUAUGAAAAUCAGGCCUGUGUCUUAAACUUGCAAUGCAAAAGCCAGGAUAUUUCCACCCUGGAAAUAGAACAACACUGUUAGCUGUGAUUUUCUAGGUUACCAGAGUCAUUCUGUUAGUUAGGACCAAUUAUGUAAUUCUCUCCUCUAUAUAGGUAAACCACGUAUGUCUUUAAUCAAGUGCAUUCUAAAAAAUAAAUAAUAAAUCCCUACUUUUAUCUUUUUCUUUGUUCAAGUCCAGAAAAUAAAAUGUGUUUUGGGUAUUGUAUUACUUUCUUAACCAUGUAAUUGGUAAUGAAUUCUCUUGUGGAUAUUAAAUUUCAGUUUUAGUUUAAA